AUGGCUAUUGUUCUGCGUGGGAACGAUGCUCUCAAUAUCAAUCCCUUGCCGGCUGCUGAUAAGAUCCUCUCCUUGAACGGCUCUGACUGGUUGUGGGCUGUCACGGCCGUCUAUAUCGUUGCAUUUAUCGGUUUAUUGAGUGUCUGCUUCGCUGCCCCUGAGAGCAAGAGAGCCUUUCACUAUCUCUUCACUGUUACCCUGCUUGUUGGUGCCGUCACUUAUUAUGCCCAAGCCGCCAACCUUGGCUGGACCGUAAUACAGGAGGCCGACCAGCUCGGGCACGGUGAAACCCGACAGAUAUUCUACGCCAAGUACAUCAAUUGGACAGUCUCUUUCCCUUCGAUAGCUUUGGCCCUGGGUCUUAUAUCAGGUAUCUCAUGGACGACGAUCAUAUGCAACAUUGCAAUCACAUGGCUUUGGAUCUUGACAUACCUCGCCGCUGCUUUCACCGCCACCGAUUACAAAUGGGGCUUUUUCGCCUUUGGCACGCUCUCGUGGGUCAUUCUCGCAAUGAGCACUAUGAAUGAGAGUCGAGAAGAGGCCGUGCGUCGAGGGAUUGGCCGGGACUAUGUCAUUUUAGCAUCCUGGCCGAACCUUCUUUGGUUACUUUACCCCAUUGCGUUUGGACUGAGUGAUGGCGGCAACCGCAUUGGUGUUACUGGUAGUUUCAUUUUUUUCGGCAUUCUAGACAUCCUGAUGGUGCCAGUCUUCUGCUUCGUGUUUGUAUACGUCUCGAGCAGAUGGGAUUGGAGCAAGCUCAACAUUGACUUCAGCGAGUACCGUGGUUCCGGACAAUACCGUCACACCUUCGAAAAGGAGCGCCCAAUUGCUGCGAACACUGCCAUUGUCGAUUAG